UCAGUCCGCCUCGACAUCGACGCUGUUGAUGACUGUGUUCCUCUUCCGUUUCUUUUCUUUCGCAGUCUCAUCCGGUCCGCGAAAAUUUCGAUUACUUUGAUCGAGAACUUUUUCGUGCAGUUAUCGCAGUGGAGACUGAAUGUAUGUAAUUAGGCGAGUUUUGUUGGAAAGUAAGGGAACGUUUUGAUGCGGCAAUAAAAGCGACGAAGAGGAAACUCGAGUAUUGCAACCUCAUGAAGCACCACCAUGACCAUGAUAUUGCGAACAUGUCUUUGUCUCAAUCUUUUGACGGCGUCAGUGCUGUGUUUAACAGCGGACGAGAUUGAGGCCCAGAGAAGCGGUUGGAACUUAAAUCCCAAUACGCAGUAUCACAUUCAAACUGAUGAAGGUCCAGAAAGAUUUUUCCGCUUUCAAACAUCGAACGGUCAAUAUAGGAAAGAGAAGAGAUUGGCUGAUGGUACAGUGAUCGGCACUGAAGGCUGGCUAGACCCUCUUGGAUAUUUGCGACUGAAGGAUUACAUCGCGGACCACGAGGGAUUUCGAAUACUAAAAUCCAAAAUGGUUUAUGUCGGUAAAGAUCGACCUAUUCAGGAUGCGGUGGCGGAAGCAAAGAAGAUUCCAGCGCAGACUGGAAUCUUGGCCAGGCCCAAAAGGCCACCGAAUCCUUUCAGACGACCAGAUUCUAACGCCAUUGUGCCGCUGUCUGGCAACGACAUUACUUCCGGUUAUUACGCUCCGACGACUAUCAGGCCUCGACCGAUUUCGAGAAACAAUUAUUAUUCGAGUCGAUAUCCUUCUGAACUUCAGAGCCUGGACGUUUAUCAUCGACCACAUGCUACGUAUUAUCGCGAAUCCGUAGCUCGACCACCGACUCAGAUUCUCGAAGCUCCCUACGAUCCUGCUAUCGGAAGUUCCUCCCUCAAGCCAAGCUAUCAAUCGCCCAUUUCUCGAAACGAUUUCCCGUUGUAUGACGGUACUCAUACCACAGCGAAUGGUUUCCAGUAUUACUUAAGGAGGCAAUAUCAUGAGGAAGAAAGAGAACCCGAAGGCAACAACGUCGGCUCUUUCGGUUACAUCGACCCAUUUGGUAUCAGACGGGUAAUUUAUUAUAAGACGGAUCCGUUCUCCGGUGGAUUCCUCCAUAAAAAGAAUAAUCGAUACGUCGGUUUCAAUGCGACGCCAUACGAUCCACUUCCGCCUGAUCUGUCCAGGACGCGGCUCUCGAGAGCCCUUCCGACGAGCGCUUCGUAACAGUUUCGUCAUUAUUCAUUGCUUUGCCACGUUGUAGCAUCAUGUUUUAUCGCGAAGAGUUCAUCAUCCAAUACCGCGACGCUGGGUUUCGCCACGCUGGACGGCCUUGAUUCGAUUCAAUGAUCUCGACAUCGAGACCAUUUGUCGAAUCAAACUGUCGUCUGUUAUCGAUGUUCUCUCAAGCAAUCUUAUUGAUCGUGAAUUUUCUAGUCAGGAUGGAACCAACAGAUACUGUUGAAAGGAGAAAGAACAAUGAUGAAUAGGGAUGAUCUUGUAAAUAUAAAGAUCAUCUAUAUUCUAGAGAUAAAAAUUCUCCGGCAGGGAUUCUCGAUCACCAACGUUGCUUACACAUACAUAUAAUAUAUAGAUAUAACGUUUCUCAAAGUGCCACAACUAAUAUUCUUUUGAUGUAUAUACGACUCCGUUGUGUCAGCAUCGCCAACAAUUCUUAAUUUUAUUCAAAAUGAUAUAACAUUAUGAGGAACGAAGAUCGAUCGAACCAGGAGA